AUGUCCGGGCGCGGAUUCGGCGGCGGUGGCGGCGGUGGCCGAGGCGGCGGAGGCGGAGGCCGAGGCGGCGGCGGCGGCGGCCGAGGCCGCGGCGGCGGCGGCCGAGGCGGCGGCGGCCGCGGUGGCGGCAGGUUCGGCGGCCCCGUGACGAAGAAGAAGCCGUCGACGAAGAAUCAGAUGCGAAGCAUCCAGCGGCUUCUGAAGCGCGAGGGACUCCCCGAGAAGGCGCGCGCGGAGAAAGCGCGACAGCUCGAAGCCCUCGACGCGAUCGCGGAGGAGAACAAGCGCGCGGAGCGCGAGAGGAAGCUCUCGGUCAGAUACCACAAGGUGAAGUUCUUCGAGCGCGUGAAGCUCACGAGAGCGAUGGAGAAGCUCGAGAGGGAUAACCCCGCGGCGACGCGCUCGGACGCGGUCGCGGAGGAGCUGAAGCAGCUCAAGGAAGAUCUGCAUUACGUGAUGCACUUUCCGAAAGGGUACAAGUACGUGAGCGUCUUGAAGAACAAAGACGAGACCCCGGAGGCGGCGGAGUACUUGGAGAAGAAACGCAGACGUUUGCGGCAGAUCAUCAAGGAGAACAUGGUCAAGGACGCGGCG